GUUAUGAAGCAGGAAGCUACACUUUUUAAAGAAGAAGCUUAGCUUUUAUUUUGGUCUUUGCUCGGUUGUGACCUGAGCAGGUUUCACACACUCCUGAGUGCUGAACGGGUCUGACAUCUGAAAACAACAAUGAAGUUACACCUGAGGAUCAUCAUCUUUUUAUUAGUGAUCGUCUCAUCUGCUGCUGUACAGUUGAAGAGUCACCAGUCAGGCGUUAAGGGAGGAUCCAUCACUUUUCCUGAUCCUUUGGAGAAUGGACUUCUUAUAUUUCAAAGAAGUAGCAUUGCUGAAGUGAAGGACAAAGAAAUAGAUAUAUUGGAGGAACCUUACAAGGACAGACUUUUAUGGAACAACAAAACUGGUCUUUUCACAAUCAGAGGACUAAAGCGGGAUGACUCUGGUGUUUAUGGUAUUGACCCUAAAAAAGGAUUUAGUUCCAUAAUAUAUCAUAAACUCACUGUAUAUGAGUCUGUAGCAGCUCCUGCAGUAGAAGCUCUGAACGUGAGCGCAGAGAGCUGCUCCUUUCUGUGUUUGGUGACUAAGACUGAAGAGACGAUUCUGCUGUGGUACAAAGACGAGGAAAUAAUCAACCAGAGCAGCUCUGCUCUCUCACUGCCUCUCACUGUACACAGACAUGAUGUCACAUCAUCUUAUAGAUGUGUGGCAGCCAACCCUGCUGAAAAUAAGACUCUUCAUGUCGAUGUUAGGAACAUCUGCAGUCCAGGUGGCAGUAACACACAGUCCUGGUUGUUCCUGACUCCUGUGUUGGUGUUUUGGGUUGCUUUUGCUGUUUGCAUCCUUUUGACGAACAUGAAGAGAAAGCGAAAGAGAGAGACUGACGGCUGAUCUACAUGUCAGUACACACACACACACAUACACCGCUCUCAGACUUGCUUUAUUCCUGAUUUAUCACAAAAAUCACUAAUUCUAAAUAUUUAUCAUUCACCUCUUUCUGUAUUUGUGUUCGAUCCUCACAGAUGCAAACAUUCGUGAAAUGUGAGGAAGCUCCAGACUGAGGUUUGUGUAGCUGCCAUGACAUCCUGCAGUGCUUUGUGAAUGUGGCAUCACCAGAUGAGGAACAACAGAUGCAUAGACUGAUCCACAGUGGGAAAUGGAAUUGAUAAUGAACGUGACAUGACAUGUGGUAGUGUUUGAUUUGUACGACUUCUAAAAAUGAAAAGUAAACAUUUGAGACUGGGAAUAUUGAAAACAUGAAAAAAAGUAAAACACUUAUCCAGAUUAAUAUCACCAGCAAUAAUAAUAAAAACAUAUCAACAUAUUAAAGUCAAAGAAGGGGAAGAGAGUUGAAAACUGGAUUAAAAAAAACCACACAAAUCAGACUGCAAUUGCCUUGAAUACUGUAUGUUCACUUAAAGCUCCUGUUUUGUGCCUGACAGGCUCAGAAGUCAGAGAGAGAGAGAGAGAGAGAGAGAGAGAGAGAGAGAGAGAGAGGGAGGCAGAGAGAGAGAGAGACAGAGAGAGAGAGAGAGAGAGAGAGAGAGACAGAGAGA